AUGGAUCAAGUUAGAACAAGAGUAUUUGCGGCAUGUCAAGCCCUAGCAAGGUUCUUCCAUUAUCGAAGAUUUAUUGUGGAAUUUCCCUCCGAAUUGAUCCUUAUUAUCCUUAAAUCCGGCUGCUUGAGCUUGUCUGAUUUGGCUUGUCUGGAGAUAACUUGCACGACACUAGGUAAAAUCAAAGAACAGCAUCACCCAACAAUAAAGUUCCGAUCUUUAGUUGAUUUUGCAGCGUUUCAACUAUUUCAAUCUCAUCCAAUAUAUUCAUUUUUGAAUGAAGAUGGAAAAGAGCUUUUGAGUGGGAUUAUCUACAACAACUGGAAGCAAGCAUUGAAUUUUCUAUCAGGUUAUAUACAGGUCAGGACAGGAGAUAAUUUUACAAUUGUGUUGAAGGAUUCUUCAGUGUACAUUUCAAAUUGUCAUUCAUUGGGUGCUCUUUUAUUGGAGGACUAUUUAAAACAUGACCAGUUUACUCGGAUUAACUUUCACCAGCCUAUAUCAUCAUAUGUGGAUAAUAUAGUCUCUGUCUCUACCAAAUACAAACAUAUUGCUUUUGUUACGCGAUCAGGAGAUGUUUUUACAUGCGGUGAUAAUUCGUUCGGUGGUUGUGGGCAUAAAACAGAUAGUGACAUUAAUGACAAUCUUAUCCUUAAACCUCGACUUGUGGAAGGCGCACUGAAGGGAAUACCUUGCAAACAAGUUGCAGUCAGUUAUAACUUCACCGUGUUUCUUACAAGAGAUGGACGAGUAUAUACUUGUGGAAGAAACAAUCACGGUCAGCUUGGUCAUGGCGAUAGGGUGAAUAGACGGACACCAACCAGAGUAAAAUCGCUAGUACAUUGUGUAGUAGUUCAUGUUACAGCUGGUGAAACUUUCACAUUAGCUCUAACUAAGGAUGGCAAAUUGUAUUCAUUCGGGUCGGGCGAUGAUUGGUGUUUAGGUCACGGUGUUAAGAAAAAUGAGCUAAGCCCUCGUUUGGUUGAGCACUUUAAUAUAUGCAAUAUUGACUCUAAUAUAUGGGAUAUGAACAUUGUUAGAGUCUAUGCAGGAGUUAACCAUGUGGUAGCUAUUGAUUCUAAUGGAUUGGUUUAUACUUGGGGGAGAGGUAAAGUAGGUCAGUUGUGUAAUGGAGGAAGUUUAGACCAUACUUCCCCUUUUACUUAUCAUCGCAGAGAGAUAUAUCGAUACACACCACAAAUAGUCAAAACUCUGAGCAGCCAAAUUGCUAUACAGGCAAGCGUUAGCCAGUUUAAUACGGCUAUUUUAAUGAACGACCGAUGCACCGUUUACGUGUAUGGUCAUAGAUUUCCCUGGGAGGGAUAUCAGUUGAUUCUGGAAGACAGCUUAAAAUGGGACGAACACAUUUGUCACAUUUGUCAAGUUAAAACAACAGGCGACCUCUAUCAAAGUGUUUUAGUGACGGAUCGUGGUCGAAUUUUUGGAUUCGGAGCUAACAAUAAGGGGGAGGAGCUCAGACACGGCACUACUACUUAUCGGCGAUUGUUCCUUCCCCUCACACAACUUUCUUUAUCGGGAUAG